AGUACAAGGCCAAAAAUAACAAAAAAUAAAGAGAUCACAUCUGCCCUUAGGGAGCUCCGAUGAGAGCUUCCCCCCACAAAUCUGAGCACCCAAUUCAGCAAAACCCCUGGAAAAAAUGUCGCCAUCUUCGUCCAAGAAGCAAGCCGUCUUCAUCUCCUCCCUUAUCAUCCUCUGGUACUCUUCCAACAUCGGCGUCCUCCUCCUCAACAAGUUCUUGCUCUCCAAUUAUGGCUUCCGCUUCCCAAUCUUCCUCACAAUGUGCCAUAUGUCCGCCUGCGCCAUCCUCAGCUACGUCUCCAUUGCUUUCCUCAAGGUUGUCCCUCUGCAGAGGGUCAAAUCUAGGGCCCAGUUCCUCAAGAUUGCCACUCUGAGCGUGGUGUUUUGUGGGUCUGUCGUCGGCGGCAACAUUUCUCUCAGGUUUCUUCCGGUGUCCUUUAAUCAGGCCGUCGGCGCCACCACGCCCUUCUUCACCGCCGUCUUCGCGUACAUGAUGACCUUCAAGAGGGAGGCUUGGGUUACGUAUGCUGCUCUUGUGCCCGUUGUUGGUGGGGUUGUGAUUGCUAGUGGGGGUGAACCAAGUUUUCACCUGUAUGGAUUUAUUAUGUGCAUCGGUGCGACUGCUGCAAGGGCCUUUAAAUCUGUUCUUCAGGGUAUCCUACUUUCUUCUGAGGGGGAGAAAUUGAACUCCAUGAACUUGUUAUUGUACAUGUCCCCAGUGGCGGUUAUAGUUCUGUUGCCUGCAGCACUUAUAAUGGAGCCCAGCGUGUUAGAUGUUAUUUUGACACUUGGAAGUCAACAUAAAUUCAUGUGGAUACUCCUUCUGGUUAAUUCAACAAUGGCAUAUUCAGCUAAUUUGUCCAACUUCUUGGUUACUAAGCAUACGAGUGCACUCACACUCCAGGUGUUGGGCAAUGCAAAAGGUGCCGUUGCUGUUGUUAUCUCAAUCCUCAUAUUCCGAAAUCCUGUCACCUUUGUCGGGAUUGCUGGUUACUCAAUGACUGUUCUCGGAGUGGCUGCAUAUGGAGAAGCAAAGCGAAGAUUUAAAUGAAAUGAUCCUCAAUAUUUUUUCACUUCCAUUUUUUAUAUACAAAUUUUGUCUCUGAUGGAUAGGCAUAAUUACAUGAGUUAGAUUCUUGGUUGCUCUUUUGGAGUAGCUGUGGGAAGGUGGGGAGAUCAGAGAGAGAUCUUUAUUCUCGUGUUGUAUUUUCUAUGUAACGUAAACAAACUUGUAUUCUUCUGUAUCAGAUUCUGAUAUGAUUUAUUUAAAAUAGUAAUAUAAAACUAGUGUUUUCUCGUC